AUGUCCGAUCCAGAUACGGUCUGGCUGGAGGAGCUACUGAAGGAUGUUCAGCUAGAACAGUUUUUACCAAGGAUACGGGACGAACUGCAGGUGACCCGGUUAGCCCAUUUCGACUACGUACACGUCGAUGAUCUGGAGAAGAUUGGCCUUGGAAAGCCGGGUAUCCGUCGUCUGCUGGAAGCGGUGAAAAAGCGCAAAGCACAACAGUGGCGUCGCAACAUACUGUCGAAGCUGAUCGGUGGUGGUAAACAACAGCCACCAAAAAAGUCCGCUGGAGGCACGGGACAGAAUGAGGAACCGUCCGCACUAGCCCUUACCUGUCUGAUCCACGAAAAGGACGUGACGCUUUCGGUGAAGCUGGGCGAUGGUUCGUUCGGUGUGGUACGACGCGGCGAAUGGCAUGCACCGGGAAACCAUCUGGUGCCGGUUGCCGUCAAGGUGCUGAAAGCGGACACACUAGCGCAGCCCGGUGUGAUUGAGGAUUUCUUCAAGGAGGUACAAGCGAUGCACGCCAUGAACCAUCCGAACUUGAUCCGACUGCACGGAGUUGUACUAUCGCAGCCGAUGAUGAUGGUGACGGAGCUGGCGGUGAACGGGUCGUUGCUGGAUUUGCUUCGCAAACAGUGCAAACAUACACCGCUGCCCAUGAUCUGGAGCUGGUCGGUACAGAUUGCGACCGGCAUGGCGUACCUCGAAAGCAAACGCUUCCUACACCGUGAUCUUGCCUGCCGUAAUGUGCUCCUUGCCGCUGGCAAUAAGAUUAAGAUCGGCGACUUUGGUUUGAUGCGUGCACUGCCACAGCAGGAAGAUUGCUACGUGAUGACCGAGCACAAGAAGGUACCGUUCCCUUGGUGCGCACCGGAAUCGCUCCGAUAUCGCCAGUUUAGCCACGCAUCGGACACGUGGAUGUUUGCGGUGACGCUGUGGGAGAUGUUUACCUUCGGUGAGGAUCCAUGGGUAGGAUUGAACGGAUCACAGAUCUUGCGCAAAAUCGACCGGGAAGGGGAACGGUUGCAUCACCCAGAUGCCUGCCCGCCGGAUGUUUACCAGCUCAUGCUGCAAUGUUGGGACAAGACACCCUCCGAGCGGCCAACCUUUGCGGCGAUCAAGGAGUUUCUCACUGGCGUACCACCACCGAUCUACCGUGCUGUAACGAAUUAUAGCGCAGAAAAUCGUCUUGCUGUGCAACAAGGUGACACGAUCGUUAUUGUCGAUGAUCGACCGGAGUUGCAGUUCAUCAAAGGACAAAAUCAAAGAACAUUCGAUAUUGGUACAAUUCCGAGGGGUGUUGUCGUUGAUGCACGCAAAUCUUCCUCCAGCUCUGCAGGUGGUGGUGCUAGUUCAACGAUCAGCCGUCCACUGCACGAUUCAUUUCGCCACACGGGGCAUGGUUCACCAUUCGGUGCAUCCUGGGGCAAUCCCGCUAGUCUGGAGAUGGAAGGAGAAGUAAAGCUUCGAAAUAAAUCGAAGGAUCUCGUUAGUGUGGACCGGCGAGGUAAAUGUGUAUCCGAGCAAUAUGUAAAGGAACGGAAAAGUAACGCCUCCAAACAGUUUUCCUACAACAAGCUGGUAAAUGAGAAUCAUUCAAAACACCAACAUUCGCAUCACACCCAGCAGCAGCUAGUGAAAGAUGCGAAAAACCGUCCACUGCGACCACCACAACCACAGACAACUACCGCUACGGAAGGCAUUCUGAUCGAUCUUUCGUCACCGAAUGAUGAAGCGAGCUUUGGAGGUGGUGCCACUUCCGGUGCUGUUUCUGCGGCCGGCUCCUUUCGACAAGUAACCAGCAUUCUCGAUGAACCGAUUGACAUCCCAACAGAGGGCGAAGAUCAUUUCGGGCAACAGCCCCAGUCACAGCAGCAUGAUCAGCAGUUUCAGCUGGCUACCGUUGUGAAUUAUGCUUCCGUAUCACCCGUUCCGUCCGUAGCGGCAAAGCUCGAACCGCCACCUUAUCAAAUGCCACCGAAGUACAGUAACACGUACGGAAUCGUGCACGAUAGUACGUUGAAUCUCAGCAUUGCAGCGGAACCGGAUCCUUUCGCUCCACAGCAGCAGAAACCAGAACCGAUCGUAACGUCCGACUACGAGAGUGGUCCAUCAAGCUCGAUCAGUGCGCGCGAUUUGAUGGCAAGCAUUAAGCGACAGCAGACGAUUGAGCAAACCGUGCCGCCACCCGUCAUGGCAGUUUAUGGAAACUUACGUGGAUCCGUAUCGAACAUAAACUCAAACUAUGGUCGCGUGGGUACAGAUUUAGAUGGGCUUACAACCGAUAUGAUUUCGUCGUUAAACAACGGUGCGAGCGGAAGCGGACUUAGUUCCCCUGGGAGCAGGGACAUAUAUAACGAUUCGCUAGAAGUGAACGUCAGCAGUAGUAGCGGUAACGUUGAUAAUGGAUUAAUGUCCCCGUAUGGUGGAUCAACCACUCAACUAAACAUGAUGCCCAAGAAGCUCGGUAAAUCUUUUCUAGCACAAUUGGAGAAGGAUAUCUACAAACAGGAACCGACGGCAGGAAACAGUAUGAACAGCUCGGUUGCGUACGCGGCUCGCAACAGUGCGAAAGAUAUGUCACUAUCAAAGUACGACACAACGGCUAAUCUGGCGAUGAGCCAAAUUUACGCCAAUCAAGCAAACUCCAUUGCCCUGGCGGCAUCCCUCCAGCAGCAGCUCACACUUUCGCCAAAGAAACAAAACAUCGUGCACCAGCAACAAUCUUCCUCCGAUACUAACACACUGGUGCAGCAGCUGUGGGCCGAACGGAACAAUGUGGCCACGGUGCCGUCGGUGGGAACCGAAACCGUGCAGCAGCAACCACAUAGUUCCCCACAAAAGACACACAAUUUCGUUGCUCUCUCGAACGGUGUCACUCCGCUACAGUACGGUUCGACGGCAAGUCUUUCCGGUCCGAAUAUCUACAGUCCCGUGUACAACGGAAGCAUUGCAUCGGACGUAUAUCAGACAGUCGGUGGUGAUCUGUAUGAUGUGGUGGCACCGACUCCCGCCGCCCUGUACGAACGUGUACCGACACAGCAGGUGUACAACAAUGUGGCGAACCAGGUUCCACUGGUCCCCGCCAUCUACGACGAAGUAUCUAACGAACUAAGCGAUUUGCGACCCAUUCGUCCGGCACCAUCGGCACCAUUGUCUGCGCAACAGAUUCAGCGGCGGUUGGAUCGGUUGGCACAGCAAGAUCAACAGGUGGCCAAUUUGAUGCAGGAACUGGGUGAUGAAGCAAAUGAGGAGGAGGCACGCAAUUCGCUAACAGCCGUCCAUUGGGAUCACACGUUAGCGGUGCGGCACUUUAAAAUUGAGCGACUAUGCCGGCUUGGACUUGCUAAUCGUACACGUUGCGAGGAGGCACUGCAGAAAACGGGAUGGAGCAUUCAGCUGGCUGCCUCUAUCCUGCUAGAAACCUAA